GUGUUUUUCCUUCUGCUAUGUCUGGACGUGGAAAAGGAGGCAAAGGCUUGGGGAAAGGAGGCGCCAAGAGGCACCGGAAAGUCCUUCGCGAUAACAUCCAGGGCAUCACCAAGCCGGCUAUCCGCCGUCUGGCUCGCCGCGGUGGCGUGAAGCGCAUUUCGGGCCUGAUCUACGAGGAGACUCGCGGCGUCCUGAAGGUCUUUCUGGAGAACGUGAUUCGCGAUGCAGUCACUUACACCGAGCACGCCAAGAGGAAGACAGUCACCGCCAUGGAUGUCGUCUACGCCUUGAAGCGCCAGGGACGCACCCUCUACGGCUUCGGCGGUUAAAACCUUCGAAAACUUAAGCCUUAAUU